UACUACGAGUGUGUGUCAGUGAAGCAACCACCUUGAACCGAAUCCUUGCUUAGUAGCAGUUUAAGUCUCAAAAAAAAAAACGCCUAAUCUCUGGUUUCUCUCUACGAGAAGAUCUGAUUCGUUCUGUUUAGGAAUUCAGUACUCUCCAAUUGCUGAUUCGGGAUAUGUUUACUUCUAUGCAGGAAUUUUGCUGCUACUGCGAUGUGGUUGGAGUUGGAUGCUUACUAGCGAAUUCAGCACUCCCAAUUUGAAUAUCAGAGUCGAAGAUUAUACAUUCAGUAGACUUAUCUUUGCGGUGUCAGAAAUCAGAACUUCCAAGAGUUGAACUGCGUAGGUGAGAAACCUGAAGACUAAAUGCAGUUAUAUAAACUAUGCCGUAACUUGUUGGAAUCUAAUUGACCGUGAUGGUUCUUAGCGAAGAUCAAUUACAGAUGGUGGGUGUAUGUGAAGCAAAGAAUGAUAAUAUAUGCUCAGAUGUUAAAACUGUAAAUGUGAAAACUUCCACUACAGCGCGUCAGAGUAUAGAUAAAGAGGGGAAUUUAUCAACUUGUCGUGUGUGCCACUGUGUUGAAUCUGACACUAGGGGGGAUGCUGCAUUAGAGUUCUUGGCUAUUUACCCUCCCUCACCGAAAGUUGUGGAUGUCAAUGUAGAUAAUAAGAACCGUAAUAGCAAUGGAGUGUCAAAAGGUGCUGAAACUGAUAUUGAACAUACUGAGGAUCGUGGGAAAGAGCAUAGGGUUGUGGAGUUUAUAAGCCCCGAGGGGGAGGUAUUCAUUUGUAAUUCUGAUCUGGAAGCAGGUCCCCAUAACCAUCAGGAUGUACUUAUUUGUCUUGGUUGUUGUUGCAAAAGUGAUCUCUUUCUUGCACAUUAUGCUUGUGCUUUGAAGUGGUUUAUUAAUCAUGGAUCAACUAUUUGUGAAAUAUGUGGCAGUGUAGCUAAAAAUGUAAGAGAAUCUGAUUUCAAGAAGAUUGUGGCUUCUAUUAGGGAUUAUGAAGCAUUGAAGGAAAGAACUGCCACUGGUGAACCAACUAUAGCACCCGCACAGAUAAGCGCAGGUGUAGAUCCUGAUGCCGUUGCUGCUAUCCGAAGACAAAGGCUUAGUGAGAUUUCUUUGUGGUUUAACCCACAUAAUAGUAGUGAUAAUAACGGGUAUAAUAAUAGUAAUUCCACUAGGACUUCCCUGGGAGUUGUAGAACAGCCUUCUGGGGUUGUUGUUGAAGACACCCUCCAAACUGAAAGCCCUGCUACCAAAUGGGCUGUCGAAGGGACUGGGAUUCUUGUUGCCACUGGACUUCUUACUGUUACACUAGCAUGGCUCAUUGCUCCUCGUGUUGGAAAGAGAACAGCAAAAAAUGGUCUUCACAUUCUUCUUGGGGGUAUAUGUGCCUUAACAGUUGUGGUCUUCCUUCGCUUUAUUGUACUAUCUAGGAUCAAAUAUGGACCAGCACGGUAUUGGGCGAUCUUGUUUGUUUUCUGGUUUCUUGUUUUUGGAAUAUGGGCUUCACGAACUCAUGGUGCACGUUCUACGUGAUAAUUCUUUUGUUGAGUGCAAGUAAAUAGAGAAGUUACAAUGUUCUGUUGUGAAGACAGUUCAAGUCGCCGACCCAAGCUGCCAGCCUAGCAGAGCCGUCUUAUGGACUAGGCCAGCUAGGCUGCUGCCUCAAUUUGUUGAGGCCCAAAAAUUUUAAUUUUUUGUUUUUGUUAUUAUUUUAUCAUUUAAGUAGUGUUGUGACAUAGUGCGUACCAUUAUUCUUGUUGAUAGUCAUACUUUCCGGCUGUUAAAUCCGUUCGUUAUGUAACUAGUGCGUACGCUUUUAAAUAAGAAAAUUAGAAUUUACUGCAUUGAGCAA